CACACAGGACAAGGAAGCAUUUGCAGCCAAGCCAUAAUGUUGAUCACUGACGGGGCUGUGGACACAUAUGAUACAAUAUUUGCAAAAUAUAAUUGGCCAGACAGAAAAGUUCGUAUUUUUACCUAUCUGAUUGGAAGAGAAGCAGCAUUUGCUGAUAACCUGAAGUGGAUGGCCUGUGCUAACAAAGGGUUUUUUACUCAGAUCUCUACCUUAGCUGAUGUGCAAGAGAAUGUUAUGGAAUAUCUUCAUGUUCUCAGCCGACCAAAGGUUAUUGACCAAGAACAUGAUGUAGUGUGGACUGAAGCAUACAUUGACAGCACUCUCCCUCAGGCUCAAAAGCUUGCUGAUGAUCAGGGAUUGGUGUUGAUGACAACUGUUGCCAUGCCAGUAUUUAGUAAGCAAAAUGAGACUAGGUCUAAAGGGAUUCUUCUGGGAGUAGUUGGCACAGAUGUUCCAGUUAAAGAGCUUUUAAAAACCAUUCCAAAAUACAAGUUAGGUAUUCAUGGAUAUGCUUUUGCAAUUACAAACAAUGGAUAUAUUUUGACUCAUCCAGAACUUAGGCCUUUGUAUGAAGAGGGGAAGAAACGAAGAAAGCCCAACUACAGUAGUGUGGAUCUUUCUGAGGUUGAGUGGGAAGACAGAGAUGAUGUGCUCCGAAAUGCAAUGGUGAAUCGAAAAACAGGGAAAUUCUCCAUGGAAGUGAAGAAGACAGUGGACAAAGGGAAGCGGGUAUUGGUGAUGACAAAUGACUACUAUUAUACAGACAUCAAGGGGACUCCAUUCAGUUUAGGUGUGGCUCUCUCUAGAGGACAUGGAAAAUAUUUCUUCAGAGGGAACGUAACUGUAGAAGAAGGUUUACAUGAUUUAGAACACCCUGAUGUGUCUUUAGCAGAUGAAUGGUCCUAUUGCAACACUGACUUACAUCCUGAGCACCGUCAAAUGACUCAGUUAGAAGCCAUUAAACGCUACCUCACGGGAAAAGAGCCAUUGCUGCAAUGUGAUAAAGAAUUGAUCCAGGAAGUUCUGUUUGAUGCAGUUGUGAGUGCACCAAUUGAAGCUUAUUGGACCAGCCUAGCAUUGAAUAAAUCAGAAAACUCUGACAAAGGAGUGGAAGUUGCCUUCCUUGGAACACGGACUGGACUCUCUCGUAUCAAUCUGUUUGUGGGUCCAGAGCAGCUCACUAACCAAGACUUCCUGACAGCUGAAGAUAAGGAGAACAUUUUUAAUGCUGACCAUUUUCCACUCUGGUACAGAAGAGCUGCUGAGCAAAUACCUGGGAGCUUUGUGUAUUCAAUCCCAUUCAGCACAGAAACCGCAAACAAGAGCAAUGUAGUGACAGCCAGUACUGCUAUCCAGCUUCUGGAUGACAGGAAAUCUCCAGUGGUUGCAGCUGUAGGUAUCCAGAUGAAACUUGAAUUUUUCCAGCGGAAAUUUUGGACUGCAAGCAGACAGUGUGCAUCUCUCGAUGGCAGAUGUGCUAUAAGUUGUGAUGAUGAAACAAUCAACUGUUACCUAAUAGAUAACAAUGGAUUUAUUUUAGUAUCUGAAGACUAUAGACAGACUGGUUACUUUUUUGGGGAGGUUGAAGGGGCUGUGAUGAACAAGUUACUAACAAUGGGCUCCUUUAAGAGAAUUACACUUUAUGACUACCAGGCCAUGUGUAGAACAAACAAAGAGAGUAGCGACAGUGCCCAUAGCUUGCUGGACCCUUAUAAUGCCUUCUUUGCUGCAGUAAAAUGGAUUAUGACUGAACUUGUCUUGUUCCUUGUGGAAUUCAAUCUAUGCAGUUGGUGGCACUCCGAUCUAACAGCAAAAGCGCAGAGGUUGAAACAAACCCUAGAGCCCUGUGACACUGAAUAUCCAGCUUUUGUUUCCGAACGCACUAUAAAGGAGACCACGGGGAAUAUUGCUUGCGAUGACUGUUUCAAGUCUUUUGUUAUCCAGCAAAUCCCAAGCAGCAACCUCUUCAUGGUGGUAGUAGAUAAUGAAUGCUUCUGUGAUUCUGUCCCACCAAUUACCAUGGCACCUAUAGAAAUAAGGUAUAAUGAAUCCCUUAAAUGUGAACGUUUAAAAUCUCAGAAGAUAAGACGACGCCCAGAAUCUUGUCAUGGAUUUCACCCUGAAGAAAAUGCAAGGGAAUGUGGUGGUGUCUCAGGCCUUAGUGCUAAACCUUCUCUUGUUCUUCUUCCUCUGCUAUUGACAAUUUUCUCAAGGUGACAUUGACUGAUGUGUUCAAUUGGCAUGCUAAUCCAUGGAUAAACUGUGAACUGGGAAAUGGUGCAACAUAGAGGACAUGAAAUAUAGUCAGAGCAUCAGCAUUUCAUGAUUUUAAACUGUUGGUGAUAUAAAUUCCUAAAGAUAUGUUGAAAAAAGAUUUAUCUUUUUACUUUGCGAGUCAUGCAGAUGUGAAUUUGGCAUAUGGUAGUCAUGAUUCAUCAAAAAAGGACUUGGUAGAUAGAGGUGACCAUCGCUUUGUCCCAUUGAAAACAAUUUCAGACUGUGUAAUUUUUUCAAUAAAGUAUAUUAAAAUCACA